UUUCCGGGGGGUGGAGGGGUGUGGGGGGAAACGUAUUAUGUGCUAUUAACAAGAACGUCAGUGUUGAGGAAGAUUGAAUGCUUCUGCUGUGACUGGCCACAAAGUAAAGCGAGGCACCGCCUCCUUCCACGACUGUGGUGGAACAAGAUUCUCGAUCGGUGACACUUUUUUUUUGCAGGAUUUGUGAGUUGAUACGUUACAUCUUGUCUAAGCGUUCAACUGAUGAGUGAGAUGUUCUCCUGAGUUUCCAUCUCGACCCAGGCUUCCAUUACUGACACCACACCAUGGCAUCUAAUAUAAUUGUGGAACAACAGUUUUCUCACAAAUUAACAGUGACGGUCAUCCGAGCCGAGAGCGUCACCAAGGGAGCGCUGGGAGACUUGUUGGACACACCGGACCCGUAUGUGGAGCUGUUCAUCCCGACAGCCCCAGAGAGCAGGAAGAAAACCAGUCACAUCGACAACAACAUCAAUCCAAAAUGGGACGAGACAUUUCACUUCAUACUAGACCCCAACCUGCAGAACGUCCUCGAGAUAACGUUAAUGGACGCCAAUUAUGUGAUGGACGAGACCCUUGGGACGGCUUCCUACGACAUCUCCAAGCUCAAAGUGGGCCACAAACAAAUGGAGACAUUCCUCAUCGGCAAAGCAACAAAGGUCCACCUAGAGAUGUAUCAGGAGAUCUGUACCAACUUGGAUCUGCGGUUCAGCCUGGCUCUGUGUGACAACGAGAAGCAGUUUCGACAAACCCGCAGAGAAAGAGUAAUGCUGGGGAUCAAGAAGUUGCUGGACAUGGAGAAGCCGCGUUUCCUUCCCAGCUCACCAGAAGAGGUACCAGUGAUCGCCAUCUCGGGUUCAGGAGGCGGCUUUCGUGCCAUGGUCGGCUAUUCAGGUGUGAUGAAAGCCCUCUUUGAGUCUGGAGUCCUGGACUGUGCCACCUAUAUUGCUGGUCUCUCCGGAUCCACCUGGUACAUGUCCACUCUCUACUCCCACCCCGAGUUUCCGAAUAAGGGUCCAAAGGAGAUCAACAAGGAGCUAAUGAACCGAGUCAGCAGUAAUCCAUUGAGGCUCUUGCUGCCGCAACAUAUAACCAACUACAUCCAGGCUCUGUGGACCAAGAAGGCCUCAGGACAGCCUGUUACCUUCACCGAUAUCUUUGGUAUGCUCAUAGGAGAGACGCUUAUACCUGCGAGGAUGGACAUCAAGCUGAGUGACAUCCAAGAGAAAAUCAACCAGGCGCAGAGUCCUCUUCCUCUCUUUACUUGUCUGCAUGUCAAGCCAGAUGUUUCUGAGCUCAUGUUUGCAGACUGGGUGGAGUUCAGCCCUUAUGAAAUUGGAAUGGCAAAGUACGGCACCUUCAUGACACCUGACUUGUUUGGAAGCAAGUUCUUCAUGGGAACCGCUGUCAAGAAAUAUGAGGAAAACCCUCUUCACUUUUUAAUGGGUGUUUGGGGAAGCGCCUUCUCUAUUCUUUUUAACCGAGUGCUAGGGGUCAAGGACAAAGCUGGGGGCAGCACCAUGGAGGAAGAGUUAGAGCAGAUUAAACCACAGCACAUUGUUGGAGAAGACAGUAUGGACAAUGAGGAUGAACCCCGCAAAGCCGGCACAGAGAACCAAGAGGCAGAGGACGAGUAUCAUCGCACCGCUCAGGCCAGCUGGGUUCAAAGGAUGUUCACAUCGCUCUUCAGCGACACAGCCUUGUUCAACACCAGAGAAGGCCGUGCUGGCAAGGUGCAUAACUUCAUGUUGGGCCUGAACCUGAACACCAGCAUCCCUUUCUCUCCUAUCGGUGGUGCCAUCUGCCAAGCACCGACACCAGAGGAGGAGGUCGAUGCUGUCACAGACCCAGACGAGUUUGACCGCAUCUAUGAACCUCUGGAUGUGAAGAGUAAGAAGAUCCAUGUGGUGGACAGCGGCCUCACCUACAACCUCCCCUAUCCUCUCAUCCUGAGGCCCCAACGCAGCGUCGACCUCAUCAUCUCCUUUGAUUUCUCUGCACGACCCAGUGACUCCAGCCCCCCGUUUAAGGAGCUCCUGCUGGCUGAAAAAUGGGCUCGCAUGAACAAGCUUCCAUUUCCCAAAAUUGAUCCCAAAGUCUUCGACCGAGAGGGCCUGAAGGAAUGCUAUGUGUUCAAACCCAAAAAAGGCGAAAAGAACUGCCCAACUGUCAUCCACUUUGUUCUGGUCAAUAUCAACUUCAGGACGUUCAAAGCGCCCGGCGUUCCAAGAGAGACAGAGAAGGAGAAGGAGGUUGCAGACUUCGACAUCUUCGACGACCCCGAGUCUCCGUUCUCCACUUUCAACUUCCAGUACUCCAACGAGGCUUUCACUCGACUCCAUGACCUCAUGGAGUUCAACACUCUCAACAACUUGGAGGUGAUUAAAGAGGCCAUCAAAGAUCGCAUCGUGUUACGGAAGGAGAAUCCUUCCAGCCUCACCGUGCCCUUCUUCCUAAGUGAGAUCCCCAAGAAGAGGUUUCUCAAAAGGAACCCUCACCUUAAUCCCUGGAAUCACCACGGCAACAACGAUCAGUAGCCUGCUUUUGGAUGGAGACUUUUGGAUUUGGAGGACAACAUUUUCUUUAUGGAAAAUGUCGAUUGGCUGUGUUUUGUCGCGUUACAUAAAGGGAUUUUGUAGAACGAAGAACGAUGACGUUUACUGUUUAAAGCCUCAGAAACACACUGACAUGUUUCCUCGGGCUCCAUUUGCACAAAAUAGGGGAAACUGUUUUCGCUGCCACUGUUUGCAGCUGAUAUUUGGCUUCCCUCUGGCUGAGAGACUGGAGUAACAUUUUUACACUGUGUGGACAACAAGAGAUCAUUUCUCCUCGAUGUUUUUCGAAACAGCUGUCAAAUGUCAAUGCUCUUUGACCUCACUCACGUCCAUCCUUGCAGUGGACACAUGAAUUGGUGUCGUGCCGACUUGAGUGAGGUAUGAUCGCAUCGCGCACGUGUACAACUUAGGAUGCAUGUCUGUGAAUAUUCUCAUUCAUCCAGGCCACCGUACUGUCGCUCUCUCGAUCGCAACAGGACCGUUCGGGUUGUCUUCGAAGUGGGGCUGUCAAAAAUAAGGCUUUAACGGCGGCAACUUAUUUAUUUCAUGAAUUACGUCAUAUUUUUUGGGCAGAAUUAACACAUGCGUAUCGCGGCGAGCCACAUCUCUGUUACGACGGCAGACGGAGGCGCAGUGUAGCAUCCCCACAGAGGCACACGAGUCUGAUGCUCUUUACUAACUUUAUCCCGACUUGCGAACUCUGAACAUCUUUAUUAUGCGUGAAUGUGUGGUGUAAAUAAACAGCAAGACAACGAAAAACAAUGAGUUUAUAUUCCAGUCAGCAUUUAAGUGUGCUCGCAAAUCCCAGGGAAGUACACUGAAAGCAUGUGACUUUCGCUGAAACGACGUGGUGUCUUUGAAUGCAAACCCUCAUUGCUCGUAAUAACACGGUAAAAGGGUGACUCAAGUGUUCUGCUACCAUUAAAGAGGAAACGAUGAUGAUGAUGAUGCCAUUUUUACUUUGCGCUGUAAGAAACCUAGCCUGUAUUGUACCUGUUGGUGGGCUGAGCUCCUUCCUUCUGUUUUCAUCGUGCCAGUGCAGAAAAUGAUUGAAUGACUCACCUAAACAUCUUGAGUGAGAUCAAACAAGAGAAGCUUGUAGCCAUUUGUUUGACAGCAACUAGAAACCACAUCAGUUGCUACCCCUGUAGCAUUUUCUGUUGCAGAAAAUGACUUUUUUGUUAUUUACCCACCUCAGUGACACACCUAAACAUUUUGAGUGAGCUCAUGCAAGAGAAGCUCGCCGCCAUUUGUUCGACAGUAACUCGUAACUAGUUAACCUCAAACAUUUCAAUGUUGUUUAAUCACCUACAGGGAGUGGGCAGUGCUCCCCUGUUGGGAGUGCCUCCCAUUUAAAGCGGCCAUUGUACAAAAACAACACCUGAUACCAUAGAAACGGCUUCGCUGCUUUGCUAUCUACAUUAGGAUUAAAGGCGUGUUUAUGCUCCUGACUGUGUUGUUUCAGGCUGCUUUUCCGAAAAAGACCAUUUCCUCAUCCUCCUCCUCCUCCCUCCACCCAGCUGGCUUUUAGCCACCUCAAUAAGUGACGCUCAGGUGAAAUGACGGGAGGGCUAGGUGGAGUGAGAUGGCAUCAUAAAACUGGCUAGCAUUCAGUGGAAUUUUACACACUACACCUACACCUCCAGCAGUGCGAGCCUGGAAUCUGACACAUUACACCUCCACCUGCAGGGGCCCAGAGGCUGCACACACCGCAGUGGAAUUUUACACUGAAAGGCUUCUGACCACUACUAAACUACUCAUGUUUCAGCACUUCUGCUUUGGAGCACAUCCAGAAGACUAAGUCAUCAUGCAGUCGUGUUGGCUAAGGAGACUUUGACAACACUGUGCUGUUACUAUGAUUCAUAUUUUUCAAUUUAGGAGAUGAUUUGCGUCAGUGUCUACCUGUUUCUUGUAGAUCUUGUUACAUUGUUUUGAUAAAGCAUGCUGAGUAUGCUCUGACUGCUGAGUUUCAUGAGCAACGUCGAUGGCUGUGUAAGACUGGGGGAUGAAAUGUGGAUUUUUUUCCCUGAAUUCCUCUGUGAGACUUAAUGGUCGAAGUUGUCUCACUUCAUAUGAGAGCCCCGGUAAUGCUCAGUCAAUCAAAUUAUUAGAAUUGAUUAUUGUCAUUUUUGUUAUUAAAUUUUAAGUACUAAAUGGACCCGAGUAAAUAUACGCGUGUAAUGUUUGCCUUUGAAAUGCUUUUGCACUGAUCCCUUAUCAGUGAGAGCUUACUGAAAUAACACAGCGGGUCUAUCUGUGCUUUGAUGUCAUCACUGGGGAAAUUCUCACUGUACGACUAAUGCACGCAGUCAUUGUUCAGAUAUGAUACAGCUAAUAAUGCUGGCCAGUUGGCACUUGAACAUGCUAAAUAUAUACUGUAUGUACACACGCUAAUAAAUGCACAGUAAACAUGUAACUUUUUGUAAAGGUCAGAGAGUAUUGAUGUACGAUUUUAUUUGCUAGGUUUAUCAUAAAAAACCACAACACAAUACCUGACCAAACAAUAGCUCAAAACAUCCAGUAUUAGCAUCACUUUUUCCUUGUAAUUGGACGACGAAAGGUUGUACUUUU